AUGCAAGUUGUCUUUGACAAAUCUGACAUGCCAACACUAAUUCUCACAAAGGAAUGGACUAAUCUGCGAAACGAAUUGUUCGGCACAGUAUCCACCAUCCUAGACUCGGCGGAGCCUUUGAUAGGUACACCUACUCUUGACUACGACCAUGUCGGCCUGAACUUCUAUGACUCCGAUGAACUGAGCCUCGGUAGAGCUUACUUCAACCCAGCUCACAAAGACAGCAGUAUAUUGACAAUUCUGGUACGGUCCAGUGAAGCAUGCGAUGGGCUGGAAAUUGCCGAUCUGCGAUCAACCGAUAAGAUCGACAGUGAGGGUAUAGGACGAGAAGCAAAUUUUAUCCCCGUGCCCGCAGUGGCAGGUGAGGUCAUCGUACUUGCCGGGACUCGUUUACAGCGUCUUCUAGGUAAAGCUAAAGUUCGUGCAUGUGUGCAUCGAGUUUGCCGUCCUACGCAAGGGAGUGAUAAGCAUCAGAGAUUAAGUCUUGCUAUAUUCUGUGGGCCUCCCAUGAAACUUAUUACCAACUCUGAGGCUCCCUGA